CUCAACCGCGCCUGUCGCAGGAAAACAAACGCGCUGCUCAACCGCAAUGAAACAAUGUUUAUUUCGGGAUAAAAGGAUAAAAAGCAAUACAAUUUAUUUGUACCUACGAAUGAAGUGUGUGCUCGCGCGUGAUUACUGUCAUCGUACAAGUUAAUUUACUGGACUCUAAGACAAGAGAUGGCGCCACUGUCGCUGAAAGUGGUCCAGGACGAGGGCGCCGUGACCCGGACGGUCAAGUUCGAGUCCAAGUCUAAAGUGUCAACAGCGCUCGCCACCGUCAAGGAGAAGAUCCUCACUGGAGAUGACGGCAAAGAGUACGGGCUGUUCCUUACAUCGGCGGACGACGAUCUCUCCGGCAUCUGGCUGGAGGACCACCGGAAUCUUGAGUACUAUAUGCUGAGAGAUGGCGACACUUUACAUUAUCUCUGCAAGAGGAGAAAUCUAAAAGUUAGGAUGCUAGAUGGUUCUGUGAAGACUUUACUGAUCGACGAGUCGAAGCCUGUGGAGCAGCUGAUGAUGCAUAUCUGCGCCAGAAUCGGCAUCACCAAUCACGACGAGUAUGGACUGUGCCCCGACGACGACGUAGAAGAAGAGGAGAAGCCAAUGCCAGCAACAGGCACCCUCACCCUCAGAAGGGUCAAACAGGAGAAGGAGAAGGAUGUGAUGCUGGAACAACUGAGCAAGAAACUCAAAACGGAUGACAACGUGCAAUGGCUGGACAAGCACAAGACCCUUCGCGAGCAGGGCGUCGGGCCGCGGCAGAGGCUGCUGCUGAAGAGACGGCUCUUCUACUCCGAUCGUAACGUGGACGCGCGCGACCCGGUGCAGCUUAACCUGCUGUACCUGCAGGCCAGGGACGCCAUCCUCAACGGGAAGCACCCCGUUACUGAGGACAAAGCGGUCGUAUUCGCCGGUAUCCAGUGUCAGAUAUGUUACGGAGAUUUUCAUGAAGAAAAACACAGGGCCGGACUAAUUGAGAAUCUGAAGGAGUUUCUCCCGGAGCAGUACGCGAGUUCGUGGGGGAUAGAGAAGAAGAUCCUGAAGGAGCACAGGAAGCACCAGGGCGUCAGCUCCAUUGAUGCCAAGUACCUGUACACAAAGACUGCACGGGAUUUGCCUACUUAUGGAGUCACUUUUUUCUUGGUCAAAGAGAAACACAAAGGUAAGAAGAAAUUAAUACCACGUCUCUUGGGUAUUAAUGCGGAAGCGAUCCUUCGCUUGGACGAAGUGACCAAAGAGAUCCUGCAGGUGUGGCCGCUGACCCAUGUCAAGUCGUAUCAGGUCGGCACCUCCAAGACCUUCUCACUCAACUUUGGUGAAUACAGUGACAAAGAAUAUUGCGUGAAGACCAACGACGCGAUCCGCAUUCGCGACAUCCUGCAAGGCUAUAUAGACAUAAUAGGAAAGCGACUAGCUGGUGUCUACAAUAACACUCUUCAAGAACAUGCUGCCAUCAGCGAAGAAAAUAUCAUAGUAUCUAAAGGGAACAUCAUUCAGCACGUCGGUCAGGGUCCAUCGAAAAUUGUCGAAGAGACGUUUAUUGGACCAUCGAAACUUAUCAAUUUUCAACCAGGUUCAGUGGCUUCGCACGGCACUCAGCUAGUUACUGUCCAGCAGAUGAUGGUCACCAAUUUGAGUUCCAAUCCACAACAACCUAUUAGUGGAGAAGUGCCCAUGCGCAAGGACAUGUCAUUGGACUUCGUGAGGAGGCUGAAUCGGCUCAACUCCAGCUCGGUGAAGAUCGUCAGCUAUCUGGCUGAUCCAAACGACUCGAACAUAUCGGAAACUCGGAAAAUAUUGGAAACCGUAAAAGCGGAAAUGCCGGCGAUUGUAAAAGGAGUUAAAGAGACGGCUGAAAAACAAACGAGCGAAGAGGAAAAGAAGAAGCUUCUAGACCAACUACAAGAACUAUGCAACGCAGUGGACGCGCUGUCGGCAGCAAUGGAGAGCAAUAGCAUUGAUGCUGACAAAGCUCAAGAUGCUGCUAAAGAUAUCGCAAAUCUAUCAGCGCAGCUAUACUCCUGCCUUGAUCCUAAAACUCAGAGACGAAGCAAGCUUCUUGAGAAAUCGCGCUCAAGUUUCAUAGCGGAUGAGAGGACCACUGCGUAUCUACAUCGAGCGUCGUUCCUGGCCACCGCCUCCAAAGCCAGCCAAGCGGUCGACCAGGCGAAGGACAUAAUUAACACGGAGUACCAAGGUCCCAAGAUUGAUAAGUACGGCUCUGAGCUGUAUGAGUUUGAGAAGGCUGCCGCUCAGAAGAUGGGCAAAUUGAAUGCAGCCGUCGCAUUUGUCUUAAUGGCACAAGCAGAUCCUAAGAAUGUGGACUAUUCGUCUGCUGUGGUCUCUAUGAACACCAUCAACGAGCUUGUUCCGGAAUUAGCUAAAGAUGCCCAGGCGUUAGCGAGCUGUAUGGAAGGUGAUCAGAAGAAAGCAUUUUUGGAUGAUAUAGCCAAACUGUUUGAUGCCACGAGCCAAGUGUGCUCUCUAACAAGCAUCGCUGACCACGAGAAAGUUCAAGAAAUUUCGAACGUAUACUCAGACAGAUCUAGGAAACUAGUGUUCACAUUUACACGUGGCACGAACGAUGAUCAAGACAACAAGAUCACUGAUCUUGCUAAAGACGUCGGCGAUAAAACGUCUUUACUUCUGAUGCAAGUGAAUAAAUUGGCCGAGUCCAAGUCGGAGCAGGCGUUCGCUGUGGAUGAAGCGGGAGUGCGAUGUGCGGAUGCUGCUAGGGAUCUGCUUCUCUGUGCUAUGUUGACAUCACCGACCAUUCACGAGCCACACUGCCAGAGUGCAUUGACUGCUGCAGCUGAGACCCUCUCAUCAUCAGCUCAGCACCUGAUGACUAACUCCAAACCGCUGCUAGAGCAGCCGACCUACCAACAUCUUACUGACGAGCUCCAUGCAGGCAACACGGAUUUAAAUAAAGCAUUGGACAGACUUAAGCAAGCUUACGCUAGUGAGAAUGGAUCUGAAAGCGAUAAGAUUCUAAGACAGCAACAACGAUUGAAAUUCAUGACCACAACAGGCAACGCCAAUAAAUAUUUGGGAAAUGCUGACAAAGAGCUGAGUAAGCCAUUAGUGACUGAUCAUAAGGGUAUCAGCUUGGCAACGGAAGACGACGUUGCUAAACGCAUAGCAAAACUGAAGGCCAUUAUAGCUGCUGUAGUACUUGCUACGACCGAUCGCGAUAAGCCAGAUUAUGCAUCCGCCGAGCUGGCAGUUGGAACUAUGUACACGCUUCUACCUAGUGUCAUCAGAGAUGUUAAAGCAUUAACAGCAAAUAAAGAUGCAGAAACACGUGACAAAAUUAUGACGGACCUCAAGAAUCUCUUGGACGCUGCUCGUGAAAUCUGCGCUAGUGCAUCUUCUGACAACGAAGAUCUUAACGGAGCUGGAGCGAAAUUCGCAGAAGCAUCAAAUGAUCUGUACAAUGUGUUCAAUCCACAAGUUUCUCCUGUGAUAGAGGAUCAGAUCACGGACGAUGCUGCAGCAGCGUGUACACUAACAUCGGAAAUGUUAGCAAACGUAUACCAACUGGCUGAAGAGAUAGGCGGCGAGCCAGGAUCUAUGUUGGAUAGCAAGGGAGCAGCCACCGCGGAUGCGGCGAAGGCCUUACUAACAAUUGCUCAGUUAACAGCAUCGUGUGUUAACGAGUCGCGUUGCCAGCCAGCAUUAGUGUCUGCUGCAGACAAGCUGUCUGACGUAGCUCGCGAUUUAGAAGCUGGUACUGAACAACUGUCCCAAGAUCAACGGUAUGCAGCGAUUGGAUCUAAGAUAAAGAAUCAACACCAGCUGCUGCAAGAUGCGCUGGAAAAACUGAAGCGAUCUUGUCAACCGGCAGUAAAUAAAGGGCAAAGAUUACAGUAUGUGAGAACUGCCCGAGAGAUGAAGAAUGCUCUGCAAGCUGCCCAACAGGAAUUAGAAAAGCCAGUCGUGUUGCCAGUAAAAGGUGAAGCAGCAGUCAUCCGUCAGCUGCAACUAACCCAGCGGAUGGCGCAGCUGAACUCAGCCAUCACCGCUCUCGUCACUGCCUUCUCUGAUGCGAAGAAUGUGGACUACACUGCAGCGGAGCAAGCUAUCAGUACCAUCAACGAAUUAUUGCCACAGGUGGUCAAGGAGACGAGGGCUCUAAAUGCAGGCAGUGACGAGAAAUCUCAAGCUGCGCAGGCGGAGUUGUUAGCACUAUGUGACGCUGUGCGAGGAAUUUCUGAUGCUGUCGAGCAACAAGAUUUGAAGGGUAUAAACCAGUAUGCAUCGAAAUUCUCAAACUCUUCAAACAAACUAAUAUUUGUUGUAAACCCACGAACAAAUCUAGAGACGUCAAACCAGAUUGUCGAAUUGUCAUCAUCGGCGUGUGAGCAGGCGUCUCAGUUAGUGGCAGAAGCACGGAAACUUUCUAAGACAGUCGGCGGUCAAGUUCAUUUGGAAGACUGCUGUGAGAGAACGGCAAAUGCUGCCAAUGCUUUGCUCACUUGUGCCAAGUUAACGGCGUCGUGUAUGAGCGAGCCAUGCAGCAAAUCAGCGCUAGUAUCCGUAGUGGAAAGCCUCUCAAACGAGGCACGUAAUUUAUUGACGGAGUGUACUCCGUUAGCGCAGAAGCCUGGUCACGGCACCGGAUUAGAACAGCAACAUCAGCGACUGCAGUCUGACUUAGAUGUGUUGAAACACACGUGUCUAGAUGGAAAAAGCGGUCACAAAGCAUUACCAAAAUCGUUGGCAACUGGGAAGGAAAAACACCGAUUGCAGUUUAUUACUACUUCGGCUGCAAUUAAGGAUGCAGUGAAAACUGCGCACCAGGAAAUUGAUAAGCCUGUCGAAGGUCCAGUGAACAAAGACGAGGCCUUGGCGCGCCAACAGCAGCUGUCGCAGCAGACGGCGUUGCUGAAUGCCGCUACCGCAGCACUGCUAGCAGCUAUUUCUGAUCCUGACCAGCCGAACUACGUCACUGCUGAUCAGGCCGUUCACACUAUCAACCAAUUAUUGCCACGCGUUGUAAAAGAGUCUCGGGCGCUGAGCGCUGCAGCCGACGAGCGCUCGCAGGCCAGCACGCGGGCCCAGCUCCGCGCGCUCAGCGACGCUACGCGAGACCUCUGCCGCGCUGCGGGGGAACAGGACUUGCAGAAACUCAACGCAAAUGCGUCCAAAUUCGCGAGCGCAUCCAACAAACUGAAUCCUCGUCCGAAAUCGCAGAAAGUAAUUCAGAUAAUGAAUCUGUCUCAAUCUAUACACGACAAGACUGGUAAGAUGGUGACAGAUGUACACAACGUGGCAAAGACAACGGGUGGUGAAGUGGGCACCAAACUUAGUAGGAGCGGUGAAAAGACUACUAAUGCAGCAACAGUAUUGCUUACCACAACGCAGCUUACAGCGCCGUGUAUUACUGAACCGGAGUGUCAAUCGACGUUAAUUUCUGCUGCUGACGGUUUGUCAGUGGCAGUUCAGGAAUUGACCAGACAUAGUAAUCCGUUGAAGCAAACUCGACAGUUCGCUGAUUUUGGAGUUAAGUUGGAUGUACAAAGUAAAGAGUUGCAGAAAGAUUUAAAGGAAUUCCAAAGCGCUUGUCGGAAUAUUGAAACCGAUAAAAUAACAGUAUUAGAAUCACCGAAAACAGAAAAACAACAUUUAGAGUUUGUUAAAACUGUAUCCGCCAGUAAGAAUGCUAUAGACGCUGCUCAGCAAGAAUUGAAUAAGCCUAUCGGAGCUCCAGUAAAGAGUGAAAUAGCAGCCAUUCGUCAGUUACAAUUAACUCAGAAUUUGGCGAAACUUAACGCGGCCAUUGCUGCUCUCCUUGCAGCCACUUCUGAUCGAAAUCGUCCAGACUACAUUGCUGCGGAACAAGCUAUCAGUACUAUAAACGAAUUAUUACCGCACGUGGUCAAAGAAACGCGAGCUCUGAACACAGCGAGCGACGAGCAGUCUCAAGCCAACACACAAGCGGAACUCCGUUCGCUUUGCGAGAUAGCGCGAGAACUUUGCAACGCUGCAGGAGAAUGGGAUGCGCAGAAACUCAACGAGCACGCAUCGAAAUUUGCAAACUCUUCCAGUAGACUUCUCUAUGUGGUCAAUCCGCGAACAAAACUGGAGACGGCGAAUAAGAUAAUAAAUCUAUCUAAGUCUGCGUAUAAUAAGGCUGCUCAGAUGGUGACAGAUGUCCAGCAAACGGCAAGGACAGUGGGCGGAGAAGUAGGCACACGGAUGAAAAAUUAUAGUGACAAAACUGCUGACGUAGCAAGAGUUCUGCUUACUUCUGCAAAGUUGACAGCACCAUGUAUUAAAGAGCCGCACUGUCAGUCAACAUUAGUCUCGGCUAUUGAUAGCUUAUCAGCUGCUGUUCAAGAACUCACUGCCCAGUGUGACCCAUUGAAGCAGCAGUCACAGUAUUCUGCUUUUGGUUCAAAGCUGGAAAGUCAAAGUCAGGAUCUGCAGAAAGAUUUGCAGGAACUGAAAGGCGUUUGUCAGAAUAUUACAAGGGGCCCUGGUAGAGACGAUGCUACAACUGAAGAUGCUAAUAGGCAGGAGCAACGUCCGCAGUUCGUUAAAGUUGUAUCUAAUAGUAAGAACGUCGUGGAUGCAGCUCUCCAAGAACUGAAUAAGCCCGUAGUUGGACCUCCGUUAAAGGGCGAAGCAGCAACAGCGCAGCAACUGAAGCUGUCACAGAGAAUGGCGCAGUUAAAUGCCGCUAUCGCCGCUCUUGUCACGGCCACAUCUGGUCGUGAUAAAAUCGAUUACGUCACAGCUGAGAGAGCUGUCUCACAUAUUAAUGAACUCUUGCCACGUAUUGUAAAAGAAUCGAAAGUGUUGAGUGCAAGAUUAGAUGACGCGUCGCAAGCAAUAUUAAUUGGGGAGAUGCGAGGGUUGUGCAGUUCUACACAAGAUCUGUGCGAUGCUGCCGGACAACAAAACAUUGGGGCUAUUAAUGACCGUGCGGCGAAGUGUGCGAACACGAUGGGCAAACUGUAUUCGGUAGUCAACCCCCACAUCAAACCUGAUAAGGAACAAGUGAUAAUAAAUUUAUCAACAAAAGCAUGCAGUGGAGUCUCCCAGAUAUUGGCAACAGUGUACCAGCUGGCUGAGAACGAGUCUGGGCAUGUUGGUUCGCAGCUAGAUCAAGCCGGCGCGCGUACCGCUGAUGCUGCGAAGACACUGCUUACUGCUUCACAGCUCACUGCUCCAUAUAUUCACGAGUCUCCUUGCCAAUUGGCGCUGAUUUCUGCCGUCAACGGAUUAUCUAUGUCCUCCCAACAACUUGCUGAUACGUGGCAACCAGUGGUGAAGAACCCUCGUCAUGCAGCUACUAGAAAAACACUAGAAGAGCAAUAUCCACAAUUUGAACGCGAUCUAGAGUCGCUAAAGAAGGCUUGCCAGAAUCCCAGUACAAUAGUUAAUCAAAGCUCAAAAAAGAAGCAACCACCACCACCGCCCAAACCCUCUAUGUCCAAACACAAACAGAACAUUGUAGCUCAUCCUGUAAGGGAAUCGAGCAGGGACAUUAAUCAAGAAUUUCUGGAUCAAAUUCGCUGCGAAGAGACUGAUGAAAACACACAGAGUACUGUCAAAUCACCUAAAGACAAAAACGGAGAAGCGAUAAUAAAGAUUGAUGAAGAGAAAAAGGUACACAAACAGUUUGUGUCGAGUGUUGAAGACGCGCUCCGGAAUCUACGCAUCGUCGAGGAAGAUAUCAAAAAGUUAUAUACCUUAAAGGCGAGUAACCCCACACUAGACAAGGAUCAAGCAGCUGCUCUCCAAAAAUCGAUAGAACAAAAAUUAGGCCAUUCAGCGGCUACAGUCGCUGCGCUGCUUGCAAGUAACAAACCAGGUGCUUUAGACUGCGUAGCUGCAACCAAAUCAAUGAAGACUUUAUCAUCUUUAAUGCCGGCUAUCGCAAAAGAUGCUAAAACUCUACACAGCUCAGUCGCUGAGAAAGACAGAAAAGCUUUCUUGGACAAUCUUUUGGCGUACUUUGAAUGCAGUAACAAGCUUUGUAAUACAGUAACUGCUGAUAGAAAGAAACUGAACGAGGUAGGCGUGGAGUAUGGCAAUACAUCUGCGAAGUUGUUGUACUCUGUGGGCACAGACGUGGAUCCGGAACAAGAGAAGGAGGUGAUAACCCGCGCGCGUGCGAUCGGCGACAGUAUGUCGCGCGCGGUGCGAGUGGGGGCACGCGUGGCGGCCGCGCCGGCCCGCGCCGCCGCCGUGUGCGCCGCCGCCGGCCGCGCCGCCGACGCCGCCGGCGCGCUCGCCUACACUGCUAAGCUUGUAGCGGCAUCGAUUCAAAUACCCGAAUGCCAAAGGAGUCUCAUGGGCGCCAUAGACGAGCUCGGCUCUAAUCUAAAAACAUUUUCGGCAACCUGGAAACCUUUAGCUGAAGACCCUCAAUAUACAGAAAUUGUUCAGGAGAUGGGCAUUGAACAGAAUAACUUGGAGAAGCUCCUUCAAGACCUAAAACAGGAUUUGGAGUCGGGCAAGUUGGUGAAGAUAAAAGAAAAGAUAGUGGUGGAAGAUACACCACUGAGGCAACUGGCGAUGUCGUUAUUACAGAAUGCUGAAAAAAGAAGCAAGUCGGCAAAUAUAGACGUUAAACAGAAACGCGAGUAUGAGGAGUACGCAAACACUUUAAGAGAUGCAGUUGCACAAUUGGAUUCUGCCAACUGGGAGUGCAGGAGAUCAUUACAUGAUACAAAUAAAUGCAUACAACUAGAGAACGCAGUUCAGAAUCUCCAAGUUUCUGUCUUGCAAGGGAGACCAUCGCAGGCUGGAAAGCCUCAGAACAAUAUAGUUGACUUAACGGACUUCGUAAAGGAACUGUCGAAUGAAGCUGAUGAAAUGAUAGCUGCAGCAAACAAGUGCUCCAGUAAUGUACAAAUAAUAAAGGACAUCAAUUACCAGAUAAAAACGGACGCGUACAACAUAACGAACCCAUCGAACGAUCACAACAGAGGCACUGACACUACCGUCGAUGAUAUACAGGAAAUCAAUCGAUUUGGACGGGAUUGCACCAAAUAUAUUCAAGAGAUCAAAUCUGAAAUUAGUAAAGUAGCAGAUAUAAAAGAAAAAACAAUGCUUGAAGACAAAAUUUUGAGUUUAGAGGACACGUUGAAUUUGUUGAGGUUCGCAGCACAAAGCGCAGUUGCAACGACAGCGAGUGCGUCACUUGACGAAACUCUCUGCGAUUUGACCGAGUUGGAAAACAGGAUACAGCAGAUGCUACUCCCUGCUGAUAAACUAACCGGUCUUAAUACUAAGCGUAGUGGACCGGGGAGUGGGUUUGACUGGGGCAAGAGUCAAGUGGUGGCGGCGGCAAGUGGUGCAAAUCUACAUAAGCUUGCUCCAGCGUUCCUUGCAUACGCGGAUGACAUGCGAACGCAAACAAAACUGUCGGACCCGGGGGAGAAUAAGCGCUUGAAAGAACAUUUGCAGAAGAUGAUUCAACUUCUUAAAACACUGACGGUGACGACAAGCAGACGUGUUGCCACUUGGCAGGAUAUCAGCGGUCCAGAAGUGGCGUCUGUCACAGAACAACUUCUUAAGGAAAUUGACGCUGCAUCGGAGGGUGCACCUGGGAAGACUCAGCAAUCAGUUAUGAGUAACAUCGAUGCCAACAAACUGUUGCUGUUUACGGAAAAGAAGAUUGAAGGAGACAGAAAAAAAAUCGAAGAUAAACUACAACAGACGUCUACGAAGCUCAACUCCAUGCUUGGUACAGUAGUGAUGAGCACACAUAAUUCUCAGAGUCUUACUAGAAGCCUCAAGGCCACUGUUGAGGCCGCUACAGAGCUGGCUGCUUUGGCAAGAGCACUCAAAACAAAUGAUCCGGUUCAAAAUUCAAAGAUAGAGGAGGCGGUCCGAGAGAUGAAUUUCCAGACCUAUAAUGUUGUGAAAUUGUUAGAUCUUGUUAGCCAAGAUCCUAACAAUCGAGUGUAUCGCAAGAGAUUGCUUGACGCAUGCCGUCUUCUGAACGACGCUAUCAACAAACUUGGUCGCGUAACAUCUAAUGGUGACAAGAGGCGACAUAAAUUGAAGAAUGAAGAUCCGAUGUCCCGUGAAGAAUUAAGUAAAACCCUCGGCUACGUUAGUUCAGCUGUACACAAUACUACAGAAUUCGCUGUGCAGUGUGCAUACUAUUUAUCACUGUCGGAUCGAGAUAUCGAGGUGGCUAAGACAGGCUUAGUAGACGUGAACCAGUUGAUGUCCACCGUGGAAACUUUACACGAGAUCUGCUACAGGAUUCUGCAGUUCGAGCCAGAUCAGGCUAAAUCAGAAGAGCCAAAUUUGAACAAGCAAGUGCAGAAUUUGAAACAAACUCUAAUCGAGGGUUCAGAUAAGUCGGUGCAUAUGAAAGAAGAAUUGGUACAAGUUGCAAACAAAGUGGAUAAAGCUGUUGCAGAUUUGCAUAAUGUCAUACAUGAACCGAAUUCCAAUAGAGCUAAAAUAACAUCAGCGACUAUGAAGGUUCUGGAUACACUGAAAUUAGUAAAUUCAAUAUCUGAACACCCAUCUUUGAUUCCCAAAGAGAACGACGUGUCUACUGAAGCUCAGCAGAGACGCGACGAUGUUAUGAAAAAUUCCAGGAGUUUAACAACAAAGACACUGUCGUUAAUAAGAGAGGUGGGGGCUGCCGAGGACCGGGAGACGAUGACGUGGGUCAUGUUCAACACUAGAAAGGAAUUGCUCCAAAUAUUCGAGACCUUAUUAGAGAGUGUCAAAGACAAUGGGAAACGUGCUGGAAUAUUAGAGGCAUCUGAACUAGAGGAGAACACAAAGAAGAGUUAUGUACAGAUACAGUUGGAAUUAGCAAGCAAAUGGCUUCAGGCACCGACGUGUAAGCCUGACACGAAGAGAACUGGUGAGGCCGCUGCACAAAAAAUCUUGGAUAUUGCAGAAAAGAUGGCAGAAGAAUUGAAGGGUCCAGAAAAAGAAGAAAUCUGUCACCUCACAGAAGAAUCCAAGCAAUUGUUAACUGCCUGCGCUGGUAAACACACCAUGGACAAGGCCGGCCUCCUGCUGGAGCGACUGAAGGGCCUGAGGAAGUGCAUCGAGCGUGGCAUCGUCACCAUGGUGGUGGAGGACUUCAUGGAGGGAGAGGAGCCGCUCGCCGACCUCGAGUAUAUCAUCGACAUAGAAACUGAUGAAGCGAAACGAAAAUUCUUGCUGGAGCGUAAGAUAGCUGAGCUACUAGCACAGCUGGGGCGAGUGAAGAAGACAGCUCGACUGGUCGCGGACGCUGGCUCCGGCGGGCAGCACAUCUCUGUUGAGAUAGAGACGUGCACUAACCAGGCCGAUCUCCUCGCUCCAAUGCUGGUGAAAGCCGCACAGGAACGAGUUGGUUCACCCAAUGACGAGGCGGUAGUAGACAAUUACAAAGCGAUAUUAGCUAAGUUCGCGGAGACCGUGUCAAGAGUGCGGGAGCUGUGCGACCAGUCUGUGGACCCCAUGGACUUCGUGCAGACCGCUGGAGAAACGAUGCAACGUAUGAGAGAAGAUUCGUCGCUAGAAAAAGACAAUUACCAGUAUGCAUUGUCGAUUACCAAGCUGGCGAACCGCGUGAUCAACGUGGGCAUGAAGUCUUGCGACGCCAGACACGACCCCGAGCUGCAGCGCGCGCUGGCGGCCGUGCGGCGCCGCGUGGCGGCCAGCGUGCCCGCGCGCCGCAGCCUCGCGCCCGACUGGCGCCUCACCACCGCCGAGAUUUUACGUACAACAGGCGAAGUGGAAUCAGUGCUGGGUGGCGAGAUGAUAUUCCAGAAGCAACCGGAAUCUAAUCAACCGAUUUUCACGGCCGCGCUGGGGCUGCACACAGCGGUGCGCGAGUGGUCGGCGCGGGACAACGAGAUAGUCGCCGUCGCCAAGCGGAUGGCCGUGCUCAUGGCGCGCCUCUCAGACUAUAUGAACAACAAUAGAAAGCGUGAACUGAUCGCAACCUCAAAGAAGAUAGUGAGCGAGUCCGCAGAAGUGGCCGAACUAGCUAGGAAGUUAGCGCACGAGUGCUCCGAUAUGAGGAUUAAAAAUAACCUUCUGCAAGUGUGCCAGAGAAUCCCAACAAUAAGCGGCCAGCUGAAGAUGUUGACUACAGUCAAAGGAUCUAUGCUGGGACCUGAAGGCUCUAGAGAAGACCAAGAAGACGUGAAUAUGUUGGUGAAUAAUGCAGAAAACCUGAUGCUUAGCAUUCAAGAGGUAGUGAAAGUGUCUGCUGGUGCAUCAGUGAAGAUAAUGUCUCAGCGAGGCGGGCCCCGGGUACGCUGGGUCCGCAAAAAUUAUUACUAAUUUGUAUUAAAUAAUUAAUUUUAUAUUAUUUUAUUUAAUAUAAUUUUAUAUUAUAAUGUCAUAAUCUCUUACAAAAUAAAAUACUUAUUUUGUGUA